UGGGUUCCUAGCGCAUAGGGCAAAGUGAGCUCCCAUCGCAAGGAUACUAUAUUACGUACACAAAGAACUGGCGCAAGACGCGUGCGCAUUUUCCAUGUGUAUAGCAGUACGCAUGGUGUGAAGAAACCGGGAAAAGCAUGUAUAAACGUGUCGAUCACGUGUGAUGCAGCUGCUCUUGUAUGUUUAAGCUGAGAGUACAGUAUAAUCAAUUGAGUGAACACGUGAAGUUGUAUCAUGGAAACAGGAUUUUUAAAUUUUCAUGAUGAAGAACAUUUUUCAGAUUUUUCAUUGUCCCUGGAACAGCAUUUAAUGGAAAAGCCUCAAGAUUUAUUAAUGCAUAUGGUAGAAAAUGAUUUCGAUUAUAUGGAAACACAUCUUGAUAUUGCAAACUCGGAUAGUUUAUGGAGUAAUGAACAUGAACGAGCCGAAGAUAUGGGUGAAAUGUCAAUUGCAGAAAUUCCUACAAUAUCCAAGAUUGAUAAUAUUAAAGAAGAUUUUGCAAAAGUUCUCACAGACUGGCAGGAACACAUUGGCUACUUACAGGCAACAGACAUUGAUGAAUAUAUGGAUAUCAUAGGAUUAAAUAUGAACACUACCGAUAGAAAAAGCUUUUGCAUUUCAGAAAAUGUAUUUCAAGAUGAACAGUUAAUUCAGACUUUAGAAUCCGAUGGCUGUAAAACAAAACAAGCGGACUUCAAGAGGGAACGUUUACAAACCAGUAAAAAUGUGCAAGAACCAAGUAGUAGUAACAAAGUCGCAGAAAAUUCAGUAGAACAGAUUUCAUAUCGUACAAUAGCUGAUGCUUCUAAAAGUUGUGAUAAACACAUAGACAUAGAACUUAAACAAGGUUAUUUAUACUCUAAACACAGUCAUAAUAAGGUAAAAGAGAAUAUACCCAAAUAUGACAGUACAGGAAUUGAUAUUACUGCAAAUAUGCUAGCAAAACAAAAGAAAAGGAAAAAAGAAAAAUCCAUACUUUCUAAUAAAGAUACAAAAAGUAGUAACCAUAAUGAUAAAUUUCGUUCGAAUCAGUUACCAGUGCUGGAAGCUGGAACUGUCGAAAGUUUACUAGAACAAUUUGAAGCUUCCGAAAAGAAUGUAGUAUCAUCUGACUCAUCUAGCAAAAAUAAUAUAGAUUUGAAUCAAGAUUUAAAUGUAAGCUGUAAUAAAAAGCAGCAGUUUUUAAAGGAAUCUGGAAUCGGUAUCCCUAAAAAAUCGUUAUCACAUGUUUCGAAUGUUCAUAAGAAUGUUAGAAAUGUUAUAUCCAAAGAAGUAAUCGAGAAGAUCAAGACAUCUGGACGUAAAAAAGUAAUUUCAAUAAUACCAACUAUGGCAAGCAUACAGGGUACUGGACGUAGUAAUGGAACCCGUAUGCAAGAUGCUGCAGCCACACUUUCUCGAAAUAAACUUCUAAAAAUAGUGACAAACAAUACUAAAAAUAGAGCUAUUGAUGGCGGACUAGUUCAACUAGAUCAUGAUUAUUGUAGCAGUACUAACUCGUCCAUUAGUAGUUCCGAUAGUAACAGUGAAUAUGAUAAGCAAUUUAGUGACAGUGAAAAAUCAACUCCAAUAAAAAGUAGUAAUCGACAACAGGCUGAAUGUCAUACUACUUACACAGAGCAAACAAUAUCAUUACAUGGAAAUGAAAUCGUAAUAAAAGAAAAGGGAUAUUCGAUUGAAAGUAGUACACAGAAAGAUAAUAUGUUAGAAUUACAUGAAACAGAUGGUAACUACGAAGAACAAACAAGAGCUACAGUAUUUAAAGCUGUACAAAUUGAUGGAUCUAUAAAAGUCCGAAAUGAAACUGAAUGUCAAAAGGAAACAGUAAGAGAACAGGAAAAUUGUCAAUAUAUUAAUAGAUCAAAUAAUACGACAAAUGGCGUUAGUCAACUUCGAAAUGAGUCUACGAAUAAUUCAACCCCUGAAAUGAAAAUACGUUCAGCUUUAGCAACAAGUAUUUUGCAAUUGCAACGUGGUGCUUUAACUAAAACAAAGUCUUUAAACGGGGGGAAUCAGAAAACAAAACAAAUGGUUUCCGUAUUAAAGAAGCCACUUAAUGUACAACAACUACCAACAGUUGUAAUAACUGGCUCUUACGAAAAUGUAGUAACUACGAAUGAUAGCUCAAAUAAUAAAGUACAGAAUAUUAUUAUUCAAAAUGCUGAAGAAAACCUUACACAAGAUGAAGAAAAGAAACCUCCGCGUAAAAAAUUAAAUUUAGCAGAAUACAGAAGUAGAAGAGAACAAAAUCGUAGUGAUAACAGUAGAACUAAUUCACCGAUACAACCUAUGACAUUAAUAUAUAUUCAUCAUGCAUCUACAACAACUGAACCUGUCAAAGAUGAUUUUGGAAAUCUUAACUGGACAGAGAGAGAAAUUGUAUCAAUUUUAAAACCAAAAGUAGAUAUAGAUGAAGAAAAAGUACGUCCGAAACCGGAUACGUGCGACAUGGGGAUACAAACUUAUGAGACUGUAUUUGAAUUUCCUCCAAAGUCUUUAAUCGACGUCGACGAAAGACCAGAGGAAGACAGAGAAAAACACAUUUUAAACACAAGUCAACGAUCGUACAGAAAACACAGAAUUAGUUCUAGUUCAAGUCGAUCUAGAUCAAGAAGUAAAAGUAAAAGUAGGAGUAAAAGCAGAAGCAGGAGUAGUAGUAGUAGAAGCAGAUCCCGUAAACGCAGCAAUACACGUCACCGAAGAAUAAGCCACCGUCGUAGCUCUGUCAGUUCAAGUAGUAGUUGGUCAUCUCGUUCACGUUCGCGUUCAAACACUAGAUCUACUUUCAGUUCAGAAUCGACAUACUCACGAUCACGUUCUAGAUCGUCCAGGUCAAGAUCCCGAUGUUCUUCAAGGUACUCCAGUUGUUCAAGAUCUUCAUCUCGUUCCAAUUUUGGAAGAAGUAAAUGGUCAAGUCGUCGAAGAAAGGAAAGACAUUAUCGUAAAAGUUAUGAUAGACACAGACAACACUCAUCAAGCAGUUAUCGUAGUUAUAGGGAUUGGAGAAGAUCUCCGUCAAGUUCUUAUCAUAAAGCAUAUGACGCGUGGUACGAUAGAGAGAAACAAAGACAGGUAGAGGAACGAAGGGUAAUUUAUGUUGGUCGAUUAGAAGAAGGAAUUACUAAAGCUGAUUUGCGUAAAAGAUUUGAAGCUUUUGGGCCUGUUGUAGAUAUUAGUGUCCAUUUUCGUGAACAUGGCGACAAUUAUGGUUUUGUAACAUUUGCUUAUAAAAAUGAUGCAUACGAAGCAGUCGAACAUGGAAACGAUGAUCCGACUUUACCCAGAUACGAUUUAUGUUUCGGGGGGCGCCGAGCUUUUUGUAAAGUGAAAUAUGCUGAUCUUGAUGGUAUGGCCAGCAACUCACCCAAUAGUGGAUACAUGUCACAGAUGAAUGAAGACAAUACAUUCGACUUAUUACUAAAAGAAGCAAAAGCUAAGUUGCGUAAAAGAAAGGUUUGACAUAUGUACUACUUAUUAGUUGUAAAUGUAAUUUAAAAUUUAGUACAGAUGUUAACGAUUAUAUUCAAGGCAAAAAUAAGCAAAAUGGUAUACUGGUAUUUUCGACCAGUUGAUAUGUAGUGAGAA